GUUCCUGGUUCUAUGCAUACUUUGUUGGCUUAUUUAUAAGCUCACUAUGAUUCAAGUAGGUUAUGAUAUAUGCAGGCUCUCAUUGAUCCAAGUAUGAUAUAACACACUAAUAGCUUUGGUGGAAAUGUUUUUGGAGGUGUUUGGAGGGGAGGAAACUGAACAGGUUUUACAAUGAGAUAAGAUGGAUAACAUAUGGUGCAAGUACAACAAGUGUUGAAGCAAAAGGUCUUCUUGUGGAAUGUGGCAUCAAGACUGGGUAAAAAAGUAUGGAGCAUUUAUACAUUGAAGCUGCAUACUUGAGGGAAAGGGUUAUUUUUAGGUCAGUAGGAAUCACCAGAGACAUUCACAUUCAUAUUUUGCUUUCAGCUGAUGUGCUAGACACUGCAGAAAAAAUAUGCCUGCUGCAAAUACUGACGAAAAUGGGUAUUCUACAGUGGUGGGGCUCAUCUACGUGUUCAACCUGAUCGUGGGCACGGGCGCGCUGACGCUGCCGGCGGCGUUUGCCGAGUCCGGCUGGGCUCUCGGCCUCUGCCUGAUCAUCAUGUUGGCCUUCAUGAGCUACCUGACGGCGACGUUUGUGAUCGAAGCGAUGGCGGCGGCCAAUGCCAUCAUCCACUGGCGCCGACAGCGGCGGGUGAAGCGGAGGGCAGAGACGCCGGGCGGAGCUCUGGCCAGCAGCUCUGGCAGCUCUCCUCGCGGCUCGGUCGGCGACGCCAGCCCCUCCAGCGAGGAGCUGCGGCUGCUGGAGCCAGAUCCCGUUUCGCUGAAUGAGUACUACAACAUUACAGAGACAGUGGAGAUGGGAAAGAUGGCAUCUUUCUUCUUCUCAAAAUGGGGCGUCAACGUCUUCUACGUGAUGAUCGCGCUGUACCUGUACGGCGACCUGGCCAUCUAUGCCGCCGCCGUGGCCAAGUCUCUGCGCGACGUGGGAUGCACGUACGUGCCGGUGAACCACACGUGUAACGCCUCGAUCCCGCUGACCGAGCGAUGCUGGGCAGACCUCGAGCUCACCAGAUGGGACGCCUACAGGAUAUUCCUGAGUACGUUCGUGGUUGUUCUCGGCUCGUUUGUGUUCUUCAAUGUGCAGAAGACCAAGUACCUCCAGAUUCUCACCACUUUGAUGAGAUGGGGAGCGUUUGGCCUGAUGGUGGUGCUGGCGCUGCGGAAGCUGGCCGCCGCCGACCGACCGCUGGGUCGGCCGGCAGUGGCGCGCGUGGCCGGCCUGCCUACCCUGUUCGGCGUUUGCGUCUACUCGUUCAUGUGUCACCACUCGCUGCCGUCGCUCAUCACGCCCAUCACCAACAAACGCCGGCUGUCAGGCCUGCUGGCUGCCGACUACCUGCUGAUCCUGGGGUUCUACCUGCUGCUGGCCUUUACCGGCAUCUUCGCCUUCCCCUCCAUCUAUGAUCUGUAUACGCUGAACUUCGUGCCGGACGACUGUGACGGACACUACACCGGCUGGUUCGAGCGCGUGCUGGACUACUUCCUCACCCUCUUUCCGGUGUUCACACUGUCCACCAACUUCCCUAUCAUCGCCAUCACGCUGCGGAACAACCUGCAAACGCUUUGCCUGACGGAGGGCCGGCGGCACGGCCUCUUCAUCCGGCGACUACUCUUCCCAGUGCUGGCGCUCUUACCGCCAUCUAUCGUUGCCCUAGUGUUUCAGGAUCUGCAGAUGCUGGUGGGCGUGACGGGCAGCUACGCCGGCUCCGGCAUUCAGUACGUGGUGCCGGCGCUGCUGGUGCUUUACUCCCGGCGCACCACGCUCACCCUCAUCGGCAUGGGUGUGCGCAACAAGCACAGCAGCGUGUUCCAGCACACGGGCUGGAUCGUGUUUGUGCUGCUGUGGGCGGCCGUGUGUGUGGUGUUCGUCACAGUGAACCACCUGCAGGACUGGUUCGGCCUGUAGCCGGGCCGGGCGGCGCGCGGUGGCCGGGCCGGCCAGACACGGUUCGGGCCAGGGGUCGAGUGAGCCAGGGGCAUUCGGCACACGGUCCAAAAACCGAGCGCCUCGUGAUCCCAAACAUGCGUCUCAUUCUAAGCACUGACAAGUGCGUUUUCCUUAAAUUUGUUUGCAUGGGAAUUUUGCGCGGACUGCAUUCGCCAUUCUGUGCGGCAGAAGCGCUGGCAAUUACAUCGUCCCGUUUCAUAUUUAAUAGCUACGAUUGUACGAGGCAUCACUGACUACCUUAAAAUAACGUAUCUCUGUUGCAGGGUGCAUAUAAGCCUUACCUGUCAUGUCACUGAUUCCCGCAAGGCUGUAAUCGAACAGCUGCCACCAGCUUUAAAGACAUGUCCGUCUUAUUACCCAGCUUUAAACGACACGCCCUUCCUUUUAUCCAACUUCAACGACAUGUCCGUCUAAACUUACCACUCGGUAUAUAGUCUGUCGAAUGGCCUGGUUUAAAUGGCUCUAUUACGAAUGUUACGCUUGUGACAGAGUUAGACAUCGCGAUAACUGAUAACUAUUCUGGUCGAAUUUGUAUUUUUCCCUCCUUCCGAGCAGUUUGCUAUAUGUAGUCUGUGACCGGGUCUUAACAGCAUGUCCGCUAGGUUAGACGGAUUCGCCACUGUGGACGAAUGCGCUUGCCAGACUUGUUUGGUGCUGUACUGAUUUUCAGCUGUCCUCUGUAUAUGUAGCCACUCAUGAGCCGGUGGCGAGGCAAACUGAGGUCCGAGGCAGAGCGUAAGGGGUGCAAGCUUUUUCAUUAAACACAGGCAGCUCGAAGCUGCAUGGAAAAUUUGCAACUCUUCUUACUUGCUGGUGCGCUCAACAUCAUUGCCUUGAUGGUUCGUGAGGCCUGUUUACGGAAUGGGCCAACUCUGAGUCACUAAGUCCCCGAGUGCUGGUCGAGUAACGUACACCAUCGUCCAGCCGCAGCGGGUCUGCUGCCGUGUACUCCAGCGGACCUGCUGCCGUGUACUCCAGCGGACCUGCUGCCGUGUACUCCAGCGGACCUGCUGCCGUGUACUCCAGCGGACCUGCUGCCGUGUACUCCAGCGGGUGUGCUGCCGUCUACUCCAGCGGGCCUGCUGCCGUGUACUCUAGCGGAUCUGCUGCCAUGUAUUCCAGCGGAUCUGCUGCCGUGUACUCUAGCGGAUCUGCUGCCGUGCACUCCAGCGGAUCUGCUGCCGUGCACUCCAGCGGGUCUGCUAUCAUGUACUCCAGCGGGUCUGCUGCCGUGUACUCACGCGGGUCUGCUGCUGUGUACUCCAGCGGGCCUGCUGCUGUGUACUCCAGCGGGCCUGCUGCUGUGUACCCCAGCGGGUCUGCUGCUGUGUACUCCAGCGGGUCUGCUGCUGUGUACUUCAGCGGGUGUGCUGCUGUGCACUCCAGCGGGUCUGCUGCUGUGCACUCCAGCGGAGAUUGACCGAGGCCUGCGGGCAAGGCGUGGAGCCGAACAUAUCGAUAGUGGCCGGGCGUGUGGGCGGACGGGAUAUAACCGAUAACGGUGGUUGAAGGUGAGCUGCACUCAUCGCAAGUGCGACACGUUAUUUCUAAAUCGCAGACGAUGUCUGAAAGGUUGGGGGACUAGGGAUCACGAAGUAAGUUUAUAAGAGAAGCAACGCCAUUGAGACAAAGACACGGAGAUGGCUGUAGUCAGAAACGUCGUGAGGGGGACUGCUUCGGCCAUUGGAAUGAAACGCAUGUUUGGGGUCAUUGAGCGCACGCUCUCGAAUGGUGUGUUCAUGCUUACUGUACAUUCGACCGCCCUCAGCGACCGUGCAAACUGGUUUUUAGUCAUAUUUGAUGGUGUGGUGUGGGAAUGCAUAUAUGGAGGCUUCUUGUACCCAUUCCUGGGACAUCGGGAGCGCCCACUCCUGCAUAACGGUAUUAACCCUGGGACGUGGCGUAUGACGCACGUGGGACAAGCGCAUGGGUCUCGCGCCCCGCUGCGUAGGGCGAAUCAUUUAUGAAUGGUGCUGAACACCGCGACGCUACGGCUCAGGGGCCUCAGUGCUGCAGAAUCGCAUUGUGCUUGUUUCGGUUGUAUGAAUUGUAGGGCCAUUUUUCCAGAGUCCAUCGCGCUUAAGACCUAAAAGUCACAAUUCACCGUAGGCAUCUGAUUACUUCUUACAUUCGGCUGAACGGGUUGCCAUGGACUGUAUGUGACAUCACGAAGACUCUGCCGCCUGGCUCGCUUCGCCCGUACAGUGAAAGCCGGACGGCGGAGACUCGAUUUGAGACCACACGGUGCUUCGUUGGCUGAUGGGGACCGUACCUCAUAUGAGUUACAGACUUGCCGCUGAGUGGUGCCACGGUAGCACGGUAGCGGUGCGCUAUGUUAAACGUAUGACGUGGGCCAGGGAAAUUAUAUUUUCAAUUAUAUUGGGCUAUGGUGUCACAUGUCAAUGUUGUUUCGCCAAGCCACCAUAUUCCGAGGGAGUUUUCAACCACCCGGCAUGCAGAAUGUUGCCUCGAGCUAUGUACCGACCAGCGACAGAAGUACGCCGCUGGCGGCGCGCGGAGCGUGUGUCGGCCGGCGAUAGGCAAAGGCCGUCUUAGUUCUUGAUCGGUCUCAGAGAUGUGAUCUGUGAUUUUGCGUUUGCUUGCCCGGACAAAAAAAGUGGAGUUGCUGGCAGAAGAGGUUGCGUGCUGUCCUUAGCUAGGCAGCGUUUCGGGUCGAGCUAGGCCUUGGGUAGGCAGCGUUUCGGGUCGAGGUCUUAGCUAGGCUAUAGCUAGGCAGCGUUUCGGUUCGAGGUCUUAGCUAGGCUAUAGCAAGGCAGCGUUUCGGUCCGAGGUCGAAGUGUCUGGCGUUAGCCGUCCUCCAUGGGGGUUCGACCCGAGUACCGGCCCUGUGCACUUCAGAACCUUGCCAGCAACCUGUCAGCCGUGAUGAGUCCUGGUGUCGUCUGCGUGCCGGAGAUCUGGGCGGCCGUCGCGACCCAAGCUGUGCUGGCCUGUUCCGUCACACGCGAUCCCCCCCCCCCCCCCCCCUCCGUCAACCAAUGCAAUGCGCUGACGACAGUGAGCGUGUCUCAAACUGUUGCCAUUUUAGAUUUUUGCGGUUGCCGAGGUAGGUGUGGCCGAGCGUGAUCGCAUGUGCGUAUUCCAUAAGUCAUUGACACUCAUCCGAGUCGCUUGGCCGCGCCAUGUCCUGUGAGGGGCGGGAAUGUGAAAUGGGGACCGAGCCUCAUGCUACCAAUCUCUUGCCGCGUAUUUGGACGUGGGCCCGCGUGGCGGAGACCGGGGUCGUUCGGGGAGCGACGGCUUGUAUGGGCUGCUCGGUUGCACGGCCACACAGAGCCACGAGAUGUACUGUGGGGUGCUGAACUCGAGCUGUGCACUAUCUCGUCGAUGUGCCGUAUUAUGACCUAGCGCUGGUAUUUUGUGCCAAUGCCAUGGUAGCAGUGAUCUGUCAUUCCGCUGAAAUAUAUGUGGACGUGGUA